GCGAGCAAGUAACACCACAGACCUCUCCCACCCCACCGUACGACGUUGAUAGUGACAGCCUCGCGGCUGAGAGGCGGGGUUCCGAUGGGGAGCCGGGCAAUGGCGUGCCUCCUGCUGCUGCUGGCGCUGGGGUGGGCGGCGAGCGCUGCGGCGUGGGACAAGCCUGUGGUGUGGACCACGGGCACGGUUGGGCCGGAGGCGGAGGGCUGCGAUAAGAAAAAGCAUGGCAAGGGUGCUGGCGUUGGCGUAGGUGGUGGGAUGGGAGGCGGCGUUGGUGCAGGAGGUGGUGUGGGCGGGGGCGGAGGUAUGGGAGGUGGUGGUGGGUUUGGGGGAGGAGGUGGCGCCGGCGGCGGCAUGGGCAGCGGUGCCGGUGCAGGGUUUGGAAGCGGAGGAGGUGUGGGAGCGGGCGGUGGACUCGGAGGUGGAGCGGCCGCGGGUGGUGGUGUUGGAGCUGGUGGUGGAGGUGGAUUCGGAGGCGGAGCUGGUGGCGGCAUGGGUAGCGGUGGUGGAGGUGGAUUUGGAGGAGGAGCUGGCGGAGGAAUGGGCGUUGGUGGUGGACUUGGAGGAGGAGCCGGAGCUGGAGAUGGUGGAGGAAUUGGUGGUGGCGGGGGACUUGGAGGAGGAGCUGGCGGAGGUGGUGGUGGAGGAUUUGGAAGCGGCGGCGGAUUUGGUGGUGGUGGUGGCGCAGGAGGAGGUGUUGGCAGUGGUGCAGGCAUGGGAGGCGGCGCCGGUGGUGGUUCUGGUGGUGGCAUGGGCGGAGGGAGUGGUGGAGGUUUUGGAGCCGGCGGUGGUAUGGGUGGUGGUUCCGGUGGCGGCGUGGGCGGAGGGAGCGGUGGAGGUUUUGGAGCCGACGACGGUAUGGGUGGUGGUUCCGGUGGAGGCAUAGGUGGUGGGGGCGGCAUGGGUGGUGGUUCCGGUGGAGGCAUAGGUGGCGGAAGCGGUGGAGGCUUUGGUGGCGGCGGCGGUAUGGGUGGUGGUUCCAGGGGAGGCAUAGGCGAUGACAACGGUGGAGGCCUUGGAGGUGGCAACGGUGUAGGUGGAGGGAAGGGCGGUGGUUUUGGAGGUGGCGGUGGGAGCGGUGGUGGAUUUGGUGCUGGAGCCGGUUCUGGUGCUGGAAUGGGAGGUGGCUUUGGAGGCGGUGGAGGAAAAAGCGGUGGUUUUGGAGGUGGCAGUGGUGGUGGAUUUGGUGUCGGAGCAGGCUCUGGUGCUGGAAUGGGUGGCGGCUUCGGAGGUGGUGGUGGUGCAGGCAGUGGUUUUGGAGGCGGCUUCGGAGCUGGCAGUGGUAUAGGUGGCGGUUUUGGAGGUGGAGGUGGCUUUGGAGCCGGCGGAGGUGCAGGAGGCGGCUUUGGAAGUGGUGGUGGUGCGGGUGAAGGCAUGGGAGCUGGUGUCGGAGGAGGCAUCAGUGCUGGCAGUGGUAGCGGUAUUGGUGGAGGUAGUGGAUUGGGCAAGGGCAUUGGUGCUGGAGGCGGCAUCGGAGCUGGCAGUGGCAGCGGUAUUGGCGGAGGUAGUGGAUUGGGCAAGAGUGUUGGUGUUGGUGCCGGAGGUGGCCUUGGAGCUGGCAGCGGCGAUAAUAUUAGUGGAGGUAGUGGAUUGGGCAAGAGUGUUGGUGUUGGAGGCGGGAUUGAAGUUGGCGAAGGUGCUGGAGCCGGUAAGGGCCUUGGCGCUAGAGGCGGUCUUGGAGCUGGCCGUGCCACUAGUGGAGAUGGUAGAAUGGGCCACAAUGUUGGUGCCAAAGUUGGUGGUGGCGAGAGAAAGCGUGGCGGAAAACACCAUGGUGGAAGCAAUAAUGGCAGAAAAAAUAAGCAAGGGUGUUUAAACUGAGUUGUUGGUGGAGUGUCUGUAGGCACACUAUGAUACAAUAUGUUAUGAAUUGCCCAACUCCUUCUCUGUAAUUUGAACAACUUAUCUGAUUUA